AUGGCGAGGGUGGGGGUGAGGGUGCCGUGUUGUAACCGGGGGGGUGCGCUCCCCUGUACCCGCAGGUACGGUACGAUGGACGGUGGGACGCGGAGGAAAAACGCCACCCGGGAGACCACCAGCACCCUGAAGGCCUGGCUGCAGGAGCACCGCAAGAACCCCUACCCCACCAAGGGCGAGAAGAUCAUGCUGGCCAUCAUCACCAAGAUGACCCUCACCCAGGUCUCCACCUGGUUCGCCAACGCCCGCCGCCGGCUCAAGAAGGAGAACAAGAUGACCUGGCCCCCCCGGAACAAGUGCUCGGAUGAGAAGAGGCCCUACGAGGAAGAGGAGGAGGAGGAGGAGGAGGAGGCUUCGCGGGAAGAGGCGAUGAAGAGCGGCAAAGCCGAGGAACCCACGGGCAAGGAGGAGAAGGAGCUGGAGCUCAGCGACCUGGAGGAUUUGGACGCCGUCGAGUCGGAGAGCUCGGAGUGCGAGCUGAGGCGCCCCUUCCCGCCCCCUCUCCCCCCCCCGCCUCGGGCCCCCGAGCCCCCCGCCAAGAUGCCACCUGCCGGGGAGGAAGAAGAGGAAGAGGAGGAGGAGGAGGAGGAGGCGGCGGAGCGGGCGCGGAGCUGCUUGAAGCCGGCGGCGGGGGGAGAGUGCGGCCCCGAGGUGCUGGGAGCCCGGCAGCGCGGUUGCGAGUCGAAAAUGUGCUUCCAGCCCGGGCAGCAGCUGCUGGAGGCGAAACCCAGGAUUUGGUCCCUGGCUCACACGGCCACCUCCCUCAACCAGGCCGAGUAUCCCUCCUGUAUGCUGAAACGGCAGGGAGGGGGGUCGGCUCCCCCCGCCGCAGCCGCAGCCGCCGCCGUCUCGUCCCCGGUGGGUGUCAUCGAUAGGCACCAGGAUUCGCCGGUCACCAACCUCAGGAACUGGGUGGACGGGGUGUUUCACGACCCCCUGUUCAGGCACAGUACUUUGAACCAAGCCUUGAGCAACACGACAGUGUCCUGGGCUACCACCAAAGGAGCCGUGCUGGAAACGGGAGCCUUGGGACGGGCGGUGGGGAACGGUGCCAACGUGCUCAAGGGGCAACUCUCCAACCUGGCCCACCAGGACUCGAGCAAAGAGUUUCUGGCUUUUCCCAAAUCAGGAAGCAAAAUGUUUUGCUCCUAACGGGCGCGCCCGAGGGGCGAAGGACUUUCGAAACGCGUGGCGAAGAGUCAGCUACACUGAAAAGAGAGACUUGCGAGAGUUUAAA